UCUAUCCAUUUAAUCCGGAUGCUAUUGACUAUUCUAAAUGCUUGGGAAAGCUCCAUGAAACUGUUGAGUAAACGAUAUCUGCUCCUGUAAUGAUGGAUGAAGAGACUUUUAGUAAUUUUGUUGGGGCUGACCUUAUUACUAAAUUCGAAUCAUAUGACGCCAUUCUCAUCAAAGAAGGAUUUACUCCUGAGUUUUUAGCCCUCCAUAGGAUGUGGAGUUUCUUCAGGAAACCCAAUGCCAGAGAAUUGGAGGAAUCUUCUAAUCAACACAAUCCAACGAAUGAACCAAAUAGCUUUAAAAAUGACACUGAAAAAAAUGAUGAAUCUAGGCAGGAAAAUCAAACUUUCAAUGGAGAAAUUGAUUCGAUUUCAAGUCAAGCUUCAAACACUAAGAAAGUUCAUGUAAUUGCUAAUGUACUUAUUACGAAAGAUAAUGAUUCAACACAAACCAUUUCUCCUGACAUUGCGAUAAUUGCGCCUUCAAACGAACAAAUAGGUACCGAUUCAAAGAACAAGACACCUAGCUUUUCACCAAUAGGUAAAUGUAUUAGUGACUUCCUUAAAAUUCCUGAAAAGCCUGAGCGCAAAAAUUAGUGCCAAGUUGAACGUGAAUCUUUUGCUAUAACUUCACGAGCCUACCAGAAAAAUUUUGAGGCUAAAAAGGCUCUUAAGUUGGAGGAAGAAAAUAAAAAGAUGAAAAAAAAACGUAAAAGGGAAGAAAAAGCUGCAACUAAACCUAACCUAAAAAAUAAAAAAGUUUGUAAAUCAACCGAAAAUAAACAAGAGGCCGUCUGCUCGGUCUGUAAGAAACGCAUAGCCAAAAGUAAACAUUGGACAUGUAAUAUUUGCCAUAAAAAGUUUCAUAACAUAUGUAUCCCAAAAAAACAUGAGGAGCAUGUCCCCGAUGUAGAUGAUAAGGAUUUAUCCUUAUGUCAUAACUGCUACCAAGAAGAAAAUUAUGAAGAUAUUAAUAGUGAGGAGA